GGAGGUGUAUCAUCUCCCCACAGUAUCUAUCUAUCUUCACCAUGUCGGACGAUGAGGAGGAGUACGAUUUCGACUACAGCGAUGAGGACGAGGACAUGGAGGACGUCGAGGCCGCAGUGCAGAUAGAGAACGCCUACUAUUCGGCCAAACAGCUGCUGGAGGGCGAGCCACCGAGACGAGAAGAGGCGCUGGGGGCGUUGGCUCAAGUGCUGGAGCUGCAGAACGAGCAGACAGACUGGGGGUUCAAGGCGCUCAAGAGGAUCGUCAAGCUGCUGUUCGAGCUGCAGCGUCACGAUGAAGCCAUGAGGAGGUACGAGGAGCUGCUGGGCUACACGAAGACGGCGGUGACGCGCAAUGUGGGGGAGAAGGGCAUCAACAGCAUUUUGGACUUUGUGUCGACCAGCAAGAACUGGGAGAUCCUGCAGAGAUUCUACGAGACGACGCUGGAGACGCUCAAGGAGGCGAGGAACGAGAGACUGUGGUUCAAGACGAGUGUGAAAUUGGGCAACUUGCUGUACGAGAUUGGGGACUUUUCCAGACUGAGCAAGAUAAUUAAGGAGCUGCUGGCGUCGUGCAGCGAUGAAGAUGCAGACGAUGGCGUCAGGAAAAACUCACAGUUGCUGGAAGUGUAUGCGCUGCAGAUCCAGAUGUACACGGCACAGAAAGACAACAAGAAGUUGGUGUCCAUCUACGAGAAGGCUCUACGCACCAAGUCGGGAGUUGCACACCCUAGAAUCAUCGGCGUGAUCCACGAAUGCGGCGGCAAAAUGUACAUGAUGCAGCGCGAGUGGGACAAGGCUCGUAGCGACUUUUUCUCGGGCUUCAAGAGCUACGACGAAGCUGGUGAGCCUCGACGCCUGCAGUGUCUGAAGUACCUGGUACUGGCCAACAUGUUGAGCGAGUCGCAGGUGAACGUGUUCGACUCGCAGGAGGCCAAACCGUACGAGAACGACACAGAGAUCGUGGCCAUGACCAAGUUGACCGACGCGUUCCUACACGACGAGAUCAAGACGUUCGAACAGGUGCUGAACCGCAACCAGGAGGCCAUCAUGGACGACCCCUUCAUCAAGCACUACAUCGACAGCCUCCUACGCACCAUUCGCAGCAAAGUUCUGCUCAAGAUUAUCAAGCCUUACAGGAGGAUGGACACGCAGUACAUCGCUCGAGAGCUGAACGGGAUCCCUCUGUCCGAGGUCGAGUCGUUGCUGUCUGCUCUCGUCCUGGACAAGAAGAUCGAGGCUCGUAUCGACCAGGUUCAUCACACACUCGUGCUGCUGGAUCGUAAACCGGAAGAGAAGUUCCAGUCGUCCAUCCAAAGUUGGUGCGACGCUCUCGACAAGUUCCAUUCGCUUACAGUGGAUCGGAUUGGCACUGGCAUGUAAACUGAUGUGUCCAUUUUAAAGUCUUGCUAACAAUCUCUUUACGAUUAAUUGGGUAUGUGCAUGCCUAUUCCUAAACUUCUGCUACUUGUGGACGUUGCGCAGCGUAGAACUGCUGGACCUGCCGAGCUUCUCCCGCCUGUCGAGACGCGAUGUGCCACGCCGAGCCAAGACAGAGAACCGACCACACAGACCAGCAGAGACAGAAGCGGAAGCCGAUACGAUAGGCACAGGCCUCGUCACAAUACUGGAAGUAAGUGUCUGUCUGUCCUUGCUGCGAGAUGACCCACUCCAUGAUGAGACCUGUGAGGUAGGGGGAGAGCGCGUAGCCGAACAGGUUGAAGACCAUGACGGAGAAGGACGAAGCCAACGCUCGAUGCUCAGCUGGCACGACCGAGAUGAAGAUGCCCGUGCAAGCUGGCAGGAUAGCGCCGCCGAAGAAGAGCAGGAGCCACAGGAACCCAGCAGUGAUGUAGAUGUCGUCGAAGAACGUCGUCACUGCUGAGAUGGAGAACGCGAUGAGGCCCAGGAUCAUGCAGAUUCCCAGGGCUUUGGCACGCUGCUCCACGCCGAUGUAUCCUCCGUAUCUGUCGAUGAGCCAGCCACCAAAGAAGACGCCCAGGAUUGGGCCAGUACCGGAGACAACGACGAACAGCGCGUUGACCAGAUACUUGGACGCAUGCAACGACUUGAUCAUGAAGAUGGUGCUCCAGUACUGCACGCCCGUGACGACGAAGUACACAGUCGUGAGCCCGAACACGAUCAAGCAGAAGACGGGGAUAUGCAGCAGUUCGUAGACGCCCUCGGAGAACGCGCCCUGUUCGUACACCUCCAUGAACUCCUCUUCCAGUAUCGAGGCUUCCAACAUGCUCAUCCGCGGGGACAUCCGAGGAGAUCUCAUGGGAGCGAUAGCAGUGUCCAGUGCGCCGUACGUUGAAGAUAAGCUCUUGGACACUGGCGAUGUGCGCUCGUUGCCGGCUCUUGCGUUAAUCGGCGACGUUUUAACUGACGCAGAGGCAUUAACAACAGCGUCACUUUUCUCCAGUUCACUCGCUACUGCGUCCAACAGCGGAGCGCCACGCAUACUCGGAGGUCGGAUCAUACUGCGACGAAGUGAUGCCACGCCACUGUCAUCUUCACAGUGGCCCAAAUGGUACUGCUGCUGGUUCUGAUGCAGCUGGCGGACGCUGCGUUGACUGCUGACUCCGUACAUACUGGCGCUGGCCAGCAACGCGUCUUCUUCGUCGUGAUACGUCGUGGAUCUUGUGCUCAUGGGAGUUCCAGCCACCGUGUCGUCCAGGAAGCUGUGCAGACCGAAGGCAGCUCUGCCUCGAGCGCUCAGGAACCCUCCGCGACUGCUGUUUAAAGGCUCCAACUCGUUGUAAUGCGAUUCUUCCUCCUCUUCUUCAUUGUGCGCCUCCUGGUUACUGCGUUUCGACGCCGUCUCCUCCGCCACGUCGAGCGACUGCGCGUCGUCCAUGCAGCCAUCAGAGGAACUGGCACUCGCGCUCUCAGUGCCGCCACUGCCCACAGCGUCUUUGUCGUUAUCACUGCGAAUCACUAAAUGUUUCUUUGGCACGAAGAAGAUGGCUACGUUAAUGGGCAACAGAGCCAGAAACUGAAGCAGAAAUGGCCAGCGCCACGUCUGGAUGAGUGAAAAACUCUCGGGCACGAGCCAGUUACUGACCGUGCCAGCGAAAUAGCCGAGCAUGACGCCCAUGGGGACACUCCCCUGCAGAUAACUCAUCCACCCGGCCACCUUCUCUCGUGGAGCGUAUUCGUCCACCCACAAGGGCGUGUAAAUACAGGGAAACGCCUGUGUGAAGCCCACAGCAGCUCGUGCCAAGAUCAACAUGUUGGCACUGAAGGCGAACCCCGUGGGUGUGAGAGCCAACAUGAGCACAGCCACAUUGUUACACAACAGACUGAGACCCAAUACGGUGCGAGGGUUGAAGCGGUGGAGGAAGAAGGCGCAGAGUGGCGACGCUGCGCUGAGAGCCAGGUACACAACCCCACCCAGAGCCCCUUGUUGCGUUGCGUCCAGAUUGAGUGACACACUGAGUUGAUCCAGUAGACACGGGAUGGAACCAGCCUCGAGAUACACGAUGAUUUGCGUCAGGAUGAGGUACUUGAACAGGUAACUGGCCUCGGCACGUGUCUUCUGCAUGUAGCGCUCCCGGCGCUCGGCCUUGGUUAACACCAUGGGGGAGUGGGGACGGUCACUGCUGGAAGGCACAAAGCUAACCAUGUCACCAAAUUGUCUUCCCCUGUCGCGAACACACUCCGCCUAUACGGCGCGAUGGCUUGGACGUCUCGGCCACUGUGCGGCGCUGGAGUUCGUGUAUUUGCCUCUCGGUUGGCACCUGGUGCUUCUCCGCCGAAGACUUUCUCUGCCGUCUCCCAGCCGUUUUGCCUGUCUGAAGAAUAGAUACUGCCCCGUGAAUCAG